CCAGGACCAAGUUGCUGCGUUGUGGCAGCUUCGCCCGGCCUAGGCGCCUCCUUUCAGCGCAGCUGUGUUUCUCGGAUAGCCCGCAGCAUGCUUGGAUCAACUUUAAAAUAAAACCUCUCCCUGGCUCUACAUUGCUCCCCUCAGGGCUUCUUGGCGGGCCUCCAAUAUUCGUUUAGCAAGUGUUUAUUAGCUCUUGUUCUAUACUAGGCGCUGGGAAUUCCAAGAAAAGGUAGUUGUCCGGUCUGAUCUCCGGUGUUCAGGAGUGUGAAGAAGGCUGCCUACAAACUUGCUAAAUUAUGCUACAGUGUAACGAGUGGUAUAUUGGCAAUUUGUGCCCUGCAACAUUUCUGUAGAUGUUUACAAAGUUCUUGUAGAAACAUGUGAGCCGUGCAAUGACUUUCCACCUGCUCAAUCCCAUUUUACCUGGAGGAGACUGCAGCUGCGACAGGUUAAGUAUCAGGCACGAGGUAGUGACUUCUACUUGCUGGCAGAAUUAAGUCUGGGACUGAAGUCUAGGUCUUUUGUGCCUUUCUGCACUUUUGGGAUUUUGCCCGGAGCCGACUUUUGCCUGUGCUGCUGAUUGGGUGUGGCAGCUGUCCGAUUAGGCGUCAGAGAUCCCUGAGGAGUCCCUGUGUGGCAUCCUUUAAGUAAAUUGACCUGGGGUGGGGCAGACAUCUUGCUCUGGAAGGCUCCACAGGCUGCUAUGAUAGGCGCCAGAAUUGAGAACCGCUGCUCCUAGGGGCAGCUCUGAGCAAGGAUGGGCAAAUCAGAGCCAGCAGAGGGCACUAAGGCAGCUGCCCCUCCUCUCCCCGCUUCCCCCACGGUAUGAUUCAUCGUGUGGAAGGAAACGGGGCGGAGGGAGCCUUGGCUGGGGAUGUGUGGAUGGCCCCACCCAGCUCUCUUCCCAAACCACAAACACAUUGUGCCUCCUCACUAGCAUAGCAAGUGGAGCAUUUUCUCCGGCUCAGCCGGGUCCUCCCGCCUCUCUGCCUGAGCUCUCUGAACAGAAGUGGUGGAUCUAAUCCCAAACCUUUGCCAUCUUCUUACCUUACGCUACAAAACCAUGACCUGUAAGCCCAGCAGACCCAGCCAUGCCAGGCCCAGGCAGCACCUCAGCGCAGGCUAAGUACCUGUUCAGUGUCAUCCUGGUGGUCCUCCCGGCCUUCAUCCUCCACUCGGCACGGGCCCAGUCUUCUCAAGACUUUGGCUCACCCGGCCAUCGGAAGAAGGAGGCCCCCGUCGAUCUCUUGAGCCAGAUAGGCCAUUCUCUGCGGGCCACAUUGGAUGAGUGGGUGGGGCCCGAGACCAUGCACCUGGUUUCAGAGACCUUGUCUCAUGUGAUGUGGGUCAUCUCGUCGGCCAUCUCUGUGGCCUUCUUCGCUCUGUCUGGCAUCUCUGCGCAGCUGCUGAAUGCGUUGGGGCUGGAUGGAGAUCUCCUUACCCAGGAACUGAAGCUCAGCCCCAGCCAGGUGCAGACCUUCCUGCUGUGGGGAGCCGCGGCCCUGGUCCUUUACUGGAUUCUGUCCCUGCUUCUUGGCUUGGUCUUGACCUUGCUAAGGCGGAUCCUGUGGGGCCUGAAGCUGAUCUUCUUCCUGGCUGGCUUUGUGGCCCUGGUGAGGUCGGUGCCUGACCCUUCCACCCGGGCCUUGCUCCUGCUGGCCUUGCUGACCCUCUAUGCCUUACUGAGCCGGCUCAUAGGCACCCCGGCCUCAGGGGCCCAGCUGGAGGCCACGGUUCGAGGGCUGGAGCGCCAGGUGGAGGAGCUGCGCUGGCGGCAGAGGCGAGUGGCCAAGGGGCCCCGGAGCGUGGAGGAGGAGUGAAGGACGCCUGGCAAUGCCACCUUCGUCAUACCAAAGAGCUGAACUGCUUCCGGGUCGCACAGCCCUCCUUCCAGGCCCUUAGCCCUUCCUUGCCCUGGCUCUGAAGCUCAGAACCUCCCACUCUGCACCAGACCCCCAGCUGAGAGAGGAAGACCACUUCCCCUGCUGAUUCUGGGAGCCCUGCCUUCUGGGGUUCUGUGUUUGGGGUUAGUUCUCUUAACCCUUUCUCCACUCCUGUCCUGUCUCAGCCAGGACAGGGGUUGGGGCAUCCCCCAGCUUCUGCAUCUGCUCUCAGCACUGCCUUCAUCUCCGGGGCCGUAGCCAGGUCUCCAUGCAGCCACCUCUGACGCUCUUGCUCUCCUGUCCUCCGCCUCCUCCUUUGCUGAGUCCCCGGCUCCCAUCCCGUUGUCUUCACUUCCUGCAUCCACCCAAACCACACCUCUCAGGCAUGCUCCUGUCCUCUUCAGUGCCCAGCUGGUAAAGAGGCAGGGGACCCGAGACCUGAGGGGAGGGGGUGGGGGGGCAUUCCCUCGGGCUGGGACAAGGAUGACCAUGGAGUCUAUAAUAAGUGCCUUAAUCAGGGCCAGCGGGCCCUCUCCUUGCCUCUGCUGUCUGUAGUGCGCUGGGCUGCUUUGUGUCAAGAAGAGACUGGUCCCUUUCAGAAUCUCGAUUCCCCUUUAGCCAAAGCAAAAGAUGGCUGCUUUGCAGACUCAGGCCUGCAAUUAGGACCCCACCGUGGUGGUCAGAUCCCCUGUGGGGACUUCAGAGACUCUGAAGGAGGAAGAGGUCUCAUCUUCUGGCCUGCACAGUUCUAGAUGGCUGCCUCCCCCCCACCCCCUACUCACUGCCACCAAGGAGUUGCUGAUCAGCGCCCACCCCGGGGCCUAGGAGGAGCACGGAGCAGACACCAGAGAUGCAACUAGAGCCUCUGUCUCCUGUUCUGCGGGAGCGGGGAGCCUGCGGCUGACUCGUGCUCAUCCUUUGAGGUCUGGUAGAAGUGGGUGUCCUCUGCCCCGCCUGGCAUGUGAAGAACCAACAGAUGCCCAGUUCUUCCUGUUACAGUUUGAUGUGGAAUCACAGCUGCAGUGAUCUAUAUUUUUAUCUGCGCUUGGUUGGUUUUAAAUAAAGUGCACGCUAUUUUAUUAUCUUGCUCUGUG